AUGUGUGAAAAUUCCUCAGCCAAAUCGACAGAUAUUGGAUGGCGAUCAACGCCAAAUCUGAAGUUUAACAGUACCAAUGAUAUACGAAGACCGGAAUCGUCGAAAAAUGUUGAUUCCAAAGGUUUUCUGGACCACAGGCUCUGUGUAUCUGAGCUAAAUAUCCCCGUACAUCCAAAAUUAGCUGGCGAGACAGCUGCAGAUAUUGGGUGGCGAUCAACGCCAAAUCUAAAGUUUCAGCAGGUCACCAGCGAUGUACGGAAAUCGGAAUCGUCGAAAAAUUUUGAUUCCAAAGGUUUUCUGGACGGCAGGCUCUGUGUAUCUGAGCCAAACAUCCGCAUACAUCCAAAAUUAGCUGGCGAGACAGCUGCAGAUAUUGGGUGGUGA